ACUUAUUUUUUUAGUUUAUUUACGUUCUUUAUCUCGUUGGCAGUAUUUGUUUUGUUUUCAAAAUGUACAAAUAGAUAACUUUUUUAGUUUCUAAAUGGAAAGCCUUUUUUUCAAAGUUGUGCAUUCCAGGGCAACUUGACAGUAACAUUUCAAUAAUUUUCAUAAUGAAAGGAUUCAUAUUUAUUUUUAAACGUCUUUACUUCAUAUAAUUUUCCUUUUUAUACUUGCUUAAUUUGUUAACUUUGUACAAUGGGAUCAGGAGCCAGCAAAUCUUCCAAAAUUCAAGAAAAAUCGACAAAACAACCUGUUGCUAAUGUCAAUAAACAAGAAAAUCAGAAGUCGCCUUUAGAUGUGAACAGUAAAAAUAGCACUACUAAAAAACUAGAUUCUAAAAAUGACGCAUCCUCUUUAAAUCAGAUAAAAACAAAAGACCUAAAUUCAUCUGAAUUGAUUAAUGAGAAAAAUAAGCAAAACAAAAGUAAGAAAAUUACCAGUGAUUAUGAUUACAAUAACAAGUUACAGUUUGAAGAGGAUUCAGAAAUAAAUGAUGAUAUAGAUGAAGUUUUAAAAAUACCUACUUCACAUGAUAAUUCUAAAAAGCCAAAUAAAAAGGACAUUAAACAGUUAGUAAGAAACAAAGAAAACAAUUACAAUAAUAUCUCAACUAAUGUGCAGCAAGAUUUUCCAGAAACUUACGCACAGAGACAGCAAAGAAAACAAUAUAAACUUCAGCAGGAUAUUUUAAUUCGUGAAAAGACAAUCAUUAGAAAUUCAAAGGACUGGGAUUAUGAUGAUAAUGAUGAUGACAAAAAUUAUGAGGACACUGAAAUGGAAUCACCUAAAAAAUUUGAUGCAUCUAAAUUUAGAGCUGCAAACAAGGAGCAGAAAAAGGAUUUCCCAACAUUAAAAGAUGACAUGACAACACCAAGGUAUUUUCAACCACCUGACCAGAGGUUAGAUGACAUUGGUGUCAAGAAAAGAGAUGAUACUUAUCUAUACAAACAAGCUCCAAAUUAUGACAAAGAUGAACUUGAUUUAAUGAGACAACUAGAGGAAGAGCUUCUGUGAUAGCCUCAUUGUGCACAUCUAUGGGUCAAUGGACAUGAAAAAAAAAAUGACUGUUGACAACAUUCGGCAUGGUAAUAAUACACUGAGAAAUGAUUUGCUAACAUGCAAGUCAUUAAUAAAUACAUUUUGUAAUAUUAUUUUUUAUUGAUAAAUAAUAUUAAAAUAUGUUCCCUUACAAUAUUUUUAAAUACUGGUAAGUAAUAAAAUCAUGCCUUCAUUGAUUGACGCAGCAUUUCAGGUUCAUAAACUUUUUGUUGAUUGGCUUAAAUGAUCCGUCCAUUUUUGUUUUUAAUGAAGCUAAAUUUUUCUUCUAAGCUACUUUUUUUUUUAUUGUAUAUUAAUUUUUUUUUACAAAUACAGUAAUAACCUGACUUUUACACUAUAUAACAAUACCAGAAAUGUAUAUCUCUAGUCUUAUGAAGUAUGACAUUUAUUGUAAGCUAUAUUUUUAUGUAUAGUCUCUUUUUUAUUCUUAUAUAUUUCUGAAAUACUUCUGUUUUUAUUGGAGGAUGCAACAGAAGUUUUUAUUCAUUAAAAGUUCAUUGUACUUGGAAAAACAACUUCAUCUCUAAACUAAGAACUUUACAUGUCAAAUACCAGUGAUGUUUGUAUACUAUUUCUGCAUCUCUUGUGACAAAAUAUACAGGUCACAAAUGGAUCUGCAAAGUCACAUGAAACACUGCACUCAUCCUUUAAUCUUCGAACUUGCCUUAAUUUAUUUUAUUUUUUUUAUUUAUGACUGAAUCUAGAAACAAAGAAGGAAAAAAAAUGAAAUUUCUAAAGAGAUAUGUUUUUAAAAUAUUGUUUAAUGCAUUUGUAGAAUUUUAUUUGAGAAUUUUUUAUUAUUUAAUAUAUCUGUGAUAAUAAGAUAAAAAGAAACUGUGAUAAUACAUUAUACAUAACUAUUAGUCAAAACACAAAUGCCAACUGUUCUGCAUCAUGAAGUUAUUAUUAUCUUAUUUAUCCAAAUAUAUCUAAAUAAAUUCUGUUACCAUGUUUUAUUCAUCCAUUUAUAUCUGUUUAAAUUCUGUUACCAUGUUAAUAUUUAAAACUGUACAAAGCUUUUAUUUGCAAAGCUGCUGUCAUACGUAUUUAAAAUAAAAUAAAAUCACACACAUAUCAUGAUUCCCCUAUCUGUGGCCUUAAUAUAAAAUUGUUUGAUCAUCGCUGGGCUAUUUGAUGAUUGCUCAGGUUUGUGAAGUUAUACAUGUAGUUUGUAGCCUAUGAUGUUCUCUUUGUUUUAUUGUUAUCAUCUCUAAUCUAUGCCUGUGGUCCUUUCUGGGGCAUAGGCCACCAACCAUCUUCCUCCAGGCUUCUCGGUUCUGGGUGAGUCUCUCCAUCUGUCCCUACAUCUUUCCCAUCUGCUUGGCAUCUGCUUCUGUGUGCUGAUGGUGGUGGUGGUCCUGGUAGAGAUGAUGGUAUUUGGCCUCUGGCUUUCAUCGACACGCCUCAUAAACCUUCCAGCUGGAGGUCCAUCUUCUCCCAGGUCCGUGACUUCUAUUGAUUUGCUGUUUGGUGUUUCUGUAGCUAGUGGUUUUUCAACAGGGAAGGGUAGCUAGCUCUACACCAAACCCUCCUCAUUUCUCAGCCGGGCUUGGGACCGUCCAGUUUUUUUAUUGUUAUAUCUCAGGCCAUUUUGAAGCAGUUCAAACCUCACCCCCCCCCCACCUCCAUAAAAAUGAAUUGACUACAUCUUCUCUAUCAAAUGUUGUAUUAUUACUAUAGUUAACCUGAAUUGUAUCAAACAUGUCAUUAACAUUAUCAAAUGCUUUAGUGGUACUAUCAAACAUCAGGGCCAGUCUGAGGUAUUGGCGAAUUCAGCAGCCGCUUAGGACCUCCUAUUGGUGAGAGUCUCACACAGGGCUCAAAGAACAAAGUUUUUGAGUGAAAAAGUUGUGAAACAUGAAUCAAAUGUCAAACAUAUCAUAAGUCUCAAACAUAUCAGAAGUCUAUGGCUCUUUAUCUACUAGCCUAUCUCUAAGUGUCUACUAUGAUUCUUCAAUGUUUAUUCCCAAAUGCUUAGAACUAAUUGUUAGACUAUAGGUGUUAGAAAACCUUUGCUGCUUUUUUUUUCUUGGUGAAAUGUCAAAACGUUAUUUCAAGUUUGGUGAUCAUGAAUUGUCCAUGAAGCACAUUCAUGCUAUCAGCGCCAUAUAAAUUUAACUUAAUUGAUGAUUUAGAUAUAACAACAGGAAAGUUUUUAAUUCAUUGCAUAUUUUUCAUUCUUAACUUUUUUGUUUUCUAUUACAUUUGCGGCCACUCUAUUCACUUCGCCUAGGGCUUCCAAUUACCUAAGUCCGGCCCUGCAAACAUGUCAGUUUCAUUAUCAAGAAUGUCAGUGGCAUUAUCAAACAUGUCAGUUGCAUUAUCAAACAUGUUAGCAACAUUAUUGCUACUUUUUUUCUUAGUGUAAUUUGCGUAAAUUAAUUUCUUGUCAAUAUUUCAUAUGAAAUUUAAAUCAUUCAAACACUGUAAAAAAAAUAUUAUAUAAAUACUUUUAUAGAGCCAUAAAUUUACUUUAUAAUUUAUUUUUAAUGAGCUUAAACCAUUUAUAUACAAAAUUGAUACCUGGCCAUUUCAGUGGAAACAAUUAUGGCAUGAAAUGCUCAUAGCUGCUUUAUGUUACAAAUAGAAUGAUAAAAACAUUUCAAAGCAAUGAUUUUAAAUUUAUCAUGCACAAAUGUAUUACAAAUAUUCAAAAUGUUAAUAUAAUUGAGAUAAUUUAAUUUUUAAGACACACCUUUUUUCAAUGUCUCCUAACAUGACCUUUGGCACCACCUUUGAAAAGACAUUCAGCUUUAUAAAAUUGUUGAUAUAUACAUUUUUUGUUUGACAAAUCUGUAUGUUAAGAGUGCUAAAAGUUUUACAAUGUAUAUAUACUUAGAAUGGUUCAAUCAAUGUUCAGUUGUUUUGAAAUUGUUGUUAAUGUCUGUAUUUAUUGACCUUACAGCAAUACGUUUUGUACAUUUUGACUAUUUAAUGUAGAUGUUGUAGAUAUUCUGAUGGAGAAAUAUUUUAAAAUAAAUAUAA